AUGGAUGAACAUGUUUAUACCGUUGUAAAUAGUCAGGUGAUGAUAUAAGGUUAAAGGUAGAAUUUCCAUUUAAUCAUGUCAGGAGCACACUCAGUCGGGUCACCAUGGGGUUUUGAAGGGGAAGGCCACAGUGCUUGGACCAAACAGGUAGAGUUAGCUGGUCUAACUGCAGAGUCUGCAGCCAGCUCAGGUGACUCUGAAAACAAAAAGAAUGAAAUAACAAGAAAACACUGGAAGACUUCAGGCUCCCACUGUUCCAACAAAGAAUGUAAAGUAAAGUUGACUUUGAUACAGCGAGCACAUCACUGCCGCAGAUGUGGAGGAAGAUUUUGUGAGAAUUGUCUAAAGUACAGAAGAAGGUUAAAUCACCUUGCCAACCCUGAUCCAGAUGGGAAACAGUACAAGGUGUGUCAGCAAUGUUUUGAAGAAGGCAAAGAUAACCAAGGAGUCACUCAUAGUUUAACAGCCUCAUAUCUGGCAUUACGAUCACAGAGAAAGGAGCUACAGAGAGCGGCAGAAAAAUCUCUCAGAGAUAUGUCAUGGAGACAUAGAUUUGAUUUAGAAGCAGAGUGUAAGAGAUUAAUUGCUGGAUUUAAGUCCGCAGUGGGAAAUUCCGAAUUGAAGAGGUCUCUACAUGAGAUGAGGACAAUCAUAGCUGUUCCGGAGUGGCAGAAGUCUCCAUAUUGGCUGAUGGAAGUCACUGCGGACAUAUGUCAGAUUUGUAAAUCCAAAUUUUCCUUGAUGCGUAAGAAGCACCACUGUCGACUGUGUAGCAAGAGCCUGUGUAAACGAUGUUCCAGUAAGGACCUCCUUGUUUUCGUUCCUGACGAAGACCGCUCAGACCAGACUGACCCUAAACUGGCAAUCAUUAAAAUCAACGGAAGUCCUACAGUUGAACCAGAAGUAUCAUUGACUUUGAGGAUUUGCAAGUUAUGCCAAGAAAAAAUGGUUGAUCGUCAGCUAAAUAACGUAGAAAAAGAAUUUAUGGAACAAGGUCAAGAUGUUUUUGCAGACCUGAUUGUACUCCAUAAUUCAGCACAGAGAAUUAGAGAAUCUGUUUCUCGGCAGUUGUUGGAGUACCAGGUUAUUGUGGACUCGUUAGAAGAUAACACGUCCCACAAAGACAAAGACAAUAAAAGUAAUAUCAAAACUUUGGCAAAGUCUCAGGAGGAUGUUGCUGACUUUCUGUCCCAACUUGUAGUAAAGAUACAGCACCUGAAGAAGUUAAGACCAGAAUCAAAUGCUCAAGCUAUUCUUUUCAAAAAUUGUUUGAAGAGUAAUUGUGAUUUCUACUUCGAAAACCUUCACCAAUUCCGUGAUCAAAUGAAUAAACUGAGUGAAUCAGCGCCACCAAAUGUGUUAGAAAUGAUACAGAGAACAGUUGACAAACAUGCAAUUGUUAGCACACAGCUUUACAUCAGGCAGCUAGUUUAUGAGGCCAUUCAUUUGUCUGAGAAGCAUAAGCUAAACAGUGUCGAGCUUCAAGGCAUACUCAUCCCGGUAGAUCAGACAAUAGAAGAAGAAGCCAAGUGGACUUUACAUUGCGAUGGGGAUGACUGGGACCAACAUACCCAAGUCAUGUUAACUCUGCUAGGAGAUCAAAUCAAGAACCACCGACUAAUCAAACCAUCCAGACGGCUUCAGGAGAAGGAAGGAUCCAAACAUGUUUCUGACGUUUUAAAAUGGCGGUGUUCAGAAGUGCUUCAGCAAGUUCAUGUCCAGAUCAAUAUGAAAGCAGCCAAUAGGAGUUUCCAGAAAUCUAAAAAUGUUCUCAAAGACGCAAGCGAAAGAGUGAAGACUUGUAACGUGUGAAAUAGGCAAUGUUUUCGUUUACGUUUUUAAGUCAAUUUUAUAAAAAGUUCAUUGUUUAGGUAUAUAACGUUUAAACGUUUCUAUAAAGUGAGUUUGAUCAAAAUAUUUACAUCAGUCAUUGUAUGAACAGUUUGAGGAAUUUAUCCUCAGGGACUAUUAGGUAUUAUUUAGAUUAUUGCAACUUCCAGUUUGUCAUAUAGCUUAUAAUGGUCAAAUAUGUAGUUUCAUACAAUGCACCAUGUCUGGAUCUACUCUAUUUAUAUUGCUUUAUAUAAACUUGUUUAUAUAGAUAUAAACUUCUCUUUGGUUCGGAUGUAAGCGUGCGAGGGGUGUAGUUUUGGAAGAAACUGGAGUACCCAAGGAAAACCCACGUGGUCGGGCAGGUGACCCCUUACCUUUUCACGUCUGUUCUGGGAAUCGAACCCCAGAUAGCUUGGCAAAAGGCGAGUGCCAUCUGACCACCUGGUUUAUAUGGGGUGCUAUGCAUUUAAAUAUAAGUGAUAUUAACUUAUUAAGUAUUGGUAUAAACUAGUAUGUAAUUUUUUUCAAUGAAUGCUCAUAGUACAGAUAUUUGUAAAUACACAUCAGUAUUAUUUAGAAAGUGAAAUAUGGUGCAUUGUAAUUGCAUUUUUUUGGGG